GUAGGCCCCGCCCACCUCUGCCAGGUCUAUAAAUAGAGGCCGGAGAGAGACGUCGGGAGACGCACGAGGCGGGGAUUGAGACAGAAGAGAGCGGGAGAGAAAGAGAGAAGAGAAGGAGGAGGAGAAGAAGACGACAAGGAGAAGAGGAGAGAAAGGCCUCCGCUGUUUCUUACUCUAUCGCAGGCUGGCGGAUGCUUGACCCUCUUUCUUCACCUUCCUUUGCGUUGCCAUGGAGCCCUUCACUGCCUUUCUGAGCCUAGACCCCAACCCCAAGGCCUUGAGGGUAAAGACUGUUCAAGGAGAAGAACCAGAGCAAGGCCUCAUCUUGCUUGUAUAGCGACACGCUCCCUGCCUUAGAGCAGAGCCUUGCGUUGACGUAUUUAUUUAUUUGCUGGCCUACCUCAUAUCAGUCUUGGUUUGCAUAUCAGUAAGAGAAAGAAAGAGAACAUGGAGGCCUUUACAGUGAUGGCGACAGUGUGGCCCGUGGGUCCCGUGGGGCCGAUGACGGCUUUCCUGUGGCUGCUGGUGCUGGGCUUCAUCAUCGCCUUUGUGCUGGCCUUCUCGGUGGGCGCCAAUGAUGUGGCCAACUCCUUCGGCACGGCUGUGGGCUCCGGAGUCGUGACCCUGCGGCAGGCCUGCAUCCUGGCCUCCAUCUUCGAGACCGUGGGCUCCGUCCUGCUAGGCGCCAAGGUCAGCGAGACCAUCCGCAAGGGCCUCAUCGAUGUGGAGAUGUACAACACCACCCAGGAGCUGCUCAUGGCCGGAUCCGUCAGCGCCAUGUUCGGUUCAGCCGUGUGGCAGCUGGUGGCCUCCUUCCUCAAGCUUCCCAUUUCUGGAACCCACUGCAUAGUCGGGGCAACAAUCGGCUUCUCACUGGUGGCCAAAGGGCAGGAAGGAGUCAAGUGGUCUGAGUUGCUGAAAGUCGUGUUAUCCUGGUUCAUAUCUCCGUUGCUGUCUGGUAUUAUGUCUGCUGUCUUGUUCUUCCUCGUCCGCAAGUUCAUUCUUUCCAAGGUGGACCCUGUGCCCAAUGGGCUGCGCGCGCUGCCUGUCUUCUAUGCCUGCACCAUCGGGAUCAACCUCUUUUCUAUCAUGUUCAGUGGGGCGCCUUUGCUGGGCUUUGACAAGCUCCCCCUCUGGGGCAUCGUCCUCAUUUCGGCGGGGAGCGCGGUUGUCUGUGCUCUCGUCGUCUGGUUCUUUGUCUGUCCGAGAAUGAAGAAGAAAAUUGAAAAAGAGAUCAAGUCCAGUCCUUCUGAGAGCCCUUUGAUGAGGAAGAAGAGCAGCCUGAAAGAGCUGGAGGAACUGAAGCCAGCUGCGAAUAGUAGGAUUGAGGAGGAGGAGCAGAUCCCGGAGGCUGAAGUGCCGGUGGUGUUGCAUAGAGCAGUCGCGGCUGAGGAGAGAGUGGUCUCCUUCAACCUGGGAGACACAGAGGAUAUUCCGGAGCGGGAGAGGAUGAAGGAGACCGGCUUCGAAGGCAGAUCCGUGCAGUUCCCCAAUGGGCACCUGGCCCAGUUCAACCAUGGGGUUAGCAGCCAGGUGACCCCGGCUGCUGGGCAUUACCACACGGUCCACAAGGAUUCCGGCCUCUACAAGGAGCUGCUCCACAAGCUACACCUGGCCAAGGUGGGCGACUGCAUGGGGGACUCUGGGGACAAGCCCCUGCGACGCAACAACAGUUACACCUCCUACACCAUGGCCAUCUGCGGGAUGCCCCUCGACGCCUUCCGCCCCAAGGAGCCCGAGCCCAAGGCUGGCGGGGAGGAGGCCGAGAAGCUGGACUCCAAGAAGCGCAUCCGUAUGGACAGUUACACCAGCUACUGCAACGCCGUGGCCGAGACCCACCCGGAGGCAGCGGCAGUGGGGGACCCCCUGCGGGCAGCGGAGAUGGGGGCUGCGGACAGGAGGGGCAGCGGGGGCUCCCUGGAUGAGUGGCACGACCAGGACAAGCCCGAGGUGUCGCUGCUGUUCCAGUUCCUGCAGAUCCUGACUGCCUGCUUUGGAUCCUUUGCUCAUGGAGGCAACGACGUCAGUAACGCGAUUGGCCCUCUGGUUGCCUUGUACCUGGUUUACCAGACAGGUGACGUGUCCUCGAAGGCAGCCAUCCCCAUCUGGCUCCUGCUUUACGGAGGGGUCGGCAUCUGCACUGGCCUCUGGAUCUGGGGCAGAAGGGUCAUCCAGACCAUGGGGAAGGACCUGACUCCUAUCACGCCCUCAAGUGGCUUCAGCAUUGAACUGGCAUCUGCUUUGACGGUGGUCAUUGCCUCCAACAUUGGCUUACCUAUCAGCACCACUCAUUGCAAGGUGGGCUCCGUUGUCUCGGUGGGCUGGCUGCGGUCCAAGAAGGCUGUGGACUGGCGCCUCUUCCGCAACAUCUUCAUGGCCUGGUUCGUCACGGUCCCCAUCUCAGGCCUCAUCAGCGCAGCCAUCAUGGCGCUGUUCAAGUACGCCAUCCUAGGAGUGUAAGGCCUUUCACCCAAAGGCUGCAUCAGUGUUAGGGCGACUGAUGAGCGAGCGAGUGAGCAGCAGGAGGGUGGGCGCCUUUUUCUUUGUGCUGUUCCUGCUUCUGUGCGCAGUCUCUUUCUCUCAGGGAGGAGCCCCUCCUCUCCUCCUCUGGGCUGUGAAUUAUAUCUUGUCUCGACAUUUCUAUACUGUUUUUGUACUGAGCUUUAACUUCAUCAUUCAUGUUGUCGAACGUAUCAUUUGUGUUCUCUGAUCUGAAAUUCAAGAGCUGGCAAGCACAAUGCGGAGGGAGCAAUCUGGCCGGAAAGUCUGUGUUGAGGGACUACUUUUAUAAAAUAAACCUUUUUAAAUAAGGA